AUGGCUACCUUGUCUCCUAUACAUGCUGACAAGCAGCAGGCUAUGUAUAUCAUUGUCAUAUUCUCCAUCUGGGUUCAAUGUCUCUGGGGCAACAACUAUGUCACACCGGACGAUGUGGUUGACUGGACGCCGAACGACUUCCACUGGGCAAUUGAAGGUGCCAAAUGGGGCGUUGCGAUGGAAGUUUGCAAAGUGUCCACGGUCUGGGGCUGCAAAGCUUGCCUCCUAAUACUCUAUGCGGCAAUGACCAAAGGUCUGCCCAAGUAUCGAAAAGCUGUCUGGGCUGUCGCAAUAUACGUUGCUGUCGGGUAUGUUAUCGUCAUGUUCUGCUAUUUUCUGGCCUGGUGCAAGCCAUUCAGCGCUUACUACGACACGAUUCCUCUUCCUCCGGACCAAUCAGAAUGUAUGACCUACAGACACCACAUGAUCCUUGACGCAUGUUUCAACAUUACCUCAGAUGCGAUCAUGCUAUGUCUACCCAUCCCAUUGGUGAUCAAAGCAAAGGUGCCGUUGAAGAGGAAGCUUGUCCUCGUGAGCGUCUUCGGUCUGGGUGCCCUUGUGAUUCUCUGCGCGAUCCUUAACCGCGUUACAAAUUUCACAGCGCCAUAUGGCUCUUUGGUCUAUCUGAACUGGUAUGCGGGUGAAACGGCUACGGCGGUGAUCGUUGCCAACGUUCCCCAUCUCUGGGCACUUAUCUCCCGCGUCUUCAGACUUGGCACCUUCAAAGAUACCUCUGCCCAAAAGGGAUCCAAUCAAUACCCUCUACGUUCUCACCGUAGCAAUGCGCAUAUUGUCAGCGCCCGACGGACUAAAUUCGAUGUCGAUGGCUAUAUCCCAACUGGCAGUGAAGAGCGAAUCGCAACCACUGGGGUAAAAGAUCCUGAAUGGGGGUAUACCAAGAAAAUGGAGUCUGACUCCAGCAAUGAAGAUCUGGAAUACGGGUCCGGGUAUACGACUACUCAUGUCAAGGGUGGAGGCAAGGAUGGCAACACAGGCGUCUCUGUCAGGGAGCAAGAGCUAGGCGGGUGGGAAAACGACCAUCCUGAAUCCAACAGGUCAGGUGCGAUCGUCAAGACCGUCCAGAUGAACCAGUACACAAGCAAUCAAUGA